AUUUCUACUACUACUACUACUACUACUACUACUACUACUACUACUACUACAGGUAUCCUACUUAACCAUCCUAGAUGAUAAUGGACAAGCUGACCAACAGAUUUACAAACAUUUUGGUAGGCUACUGCGUUUAGUAACAAUUUUAGUAGUUUCGUUUUUCUCCAAGCCACAUCCUCCAUUGAAUAGAAACUGAAUCUAAACAACCGUCCGUGUCCCGUGAUCUCUGAUACAGUUAAAGACUUUCUUUUCUUGCUGAAGGAAUAUGGCAACAAAUGGCUCAACGUUCAACACAACCACAGAUGAUUACUACGAUUACUACGAUUACAAUUAUCAAGAGGAAAUGUGCAACACAAAAGGCGUCAACCAGUUUGCAGCGGUCUUCACUCCAGUUUUCUUCUCCAUUGUGAUCAUCCUCAGUCUGUUGGGCAACAUCCUGGUCAUUGUGAUUCUGGCCAAGUAUGAGAAUCUCAAAUCCCUCAUCAACGCUUUCAUCCUGAACUUGGCUGUAUCGGAUCUCUUCUUCACCACAGGUCUGCCCUUCUGGGCCUACUCUCACAUGUAUGGAUGGACUUUAAGGGAACAUGCAUGCAAAAUAGUCAGCUUUGUCUUCUACAUUGGCUACUACAGCAGCGGUAUCCUCCUUAUCCUGAUGACUGCUCACUGUUAUGUAGCUGUCAUGAAUCCUCUAUCUAACAUUGUGUCCACCACAGGCUCCUACAGUGUUGUAGCAUGUGUGAUCAUUUGGGCAGUGAGUAUAUUGGUCGCCAGUCCAGCCUUCAUCUUCACCAAAGUUGAGCAGAAUCACUGUGUAAUUGCAAAUUCUUACUGGAGCUUAUGGGGAAUCUACCAGCAAAAUAUUCUCUUCAUAGUGAGUUCAGUGGUGUUCAUGUUUUGCUAUUCUCAGAUCAUGUGCAGGUUGCUGCGUCCAACUGCCCAAAGAAGAAAGAACAAAACUUUAAAACUCAUUUUUACUCUCAUGGUUGUUUUCUUCGUGGGCUGGGCGCCUUACAAUAUAGUGCUAUUUCAAAAGUCAUUGUAUUUCUGGCCCCAACCACCUGCUGACUCAGAGACUGUGGCUGAAAUGUGUAAAACAUCAGAACGACUGGAUUACGCCUUUUACAUUAGCCAACUUUUUGCCUUUUCACACUGCUGCCUCAACCCUGUAUUUUAUGUUUUUAUGUGUAGAGUUUGGUCACCAAUCUGGGGGUCAAGACCCCUCCAAACAGUCACCAGAUGAAUUUAAACGGUCACUAAAUAACUGAUGAGACAGGGAGGGGGUAUAGAAGUUCUGCUACACACAUUUACUGUAUGUAGUUUUUUUUUUGUUUGUUUGUUUUUUGUUUUUCUUGUGAAAAGUGUUUCUUGUGUACUCAUAGUUUCUGCUUCCAUGGUCUCUAACAAAUAUACAACCACUUUAGAGAAAACCAAUCACUCUGGUGGAAUUGCUCACAACUCUCUAGAGCUUUAUUUUAAGGGUUCACAACCAAACAAAGGUUGGGAAUCAUUGGUCUAAAGCACUGCUUCUUAAUCUUUUAAAUUUCUGACCCUUUGUAGCAAAGCAAUGCUAGUCACAAUCCCUGGUAUCCGCAGGUUGCAUAUGUUUGAGAUGUGGACAAUUCAACCAAAAUGUGAUGUUCCUUCUCAGGUUGUUUCAUUUCUUGUUGAGGCCUGAAAAGUUAGACUCACAAGAAGAAGAAAAACAUUUAAGAGAAGACAGAAAAUACACAGAACAAAACAAUGUAUUUUUUUAUUAUUUUCUAACUUUUGAAUCACUCAUAACCCAAUGCAUUUAUGUAUCUUGUUAGCCCUAGAACAGUGUUUCUCAAAUGGGGGUAUGUGUACCCCUAGGGGUACUUUGGAGGACUGCAGGGGAUACGUGACAUUUUUUGCAAAAUGUUUUUCAGUUACAAGGCUGUAGUUACUUAUACUGUCAUUUUCUUCGCUUUUUUCAAAGUUUUUGUCCCUGCUUUUGAAGGUUUUGUGUCACUAGUUUUGACCUAUUCUUGCUUUUCUUCUGUCUUUAUAAUAAGUUUGUCGCUUAUUUGAAUUUUUUGUCACUUUUGUCGCACUAGUGUUGCCUUUCUACUGUUUGUUUUUUUCAAAGUUUGUAUUACUAUUUUCGACCUAUUCUUGCUUUACUUCCUUCUAUCGUCUUUUCCCAAGGUUUUGUUUAAAAAAAUAAAAAAAAUCAGCAUUUAAA